AGUGUCAUUGAAUAGGAUUUUGUUGUCGAUUGUUGGUUGAGUGAGAUCAGGGAAAUUUUCGUACUUAGUUACUUUGUGACCAAGAAUUUAUCUCAAGGAAAGAGUUCUUGUAAACUAAACAACAUGAAUAGAAUAUUCGGCAGAGGAAAACAAAAGACUCCGGGUCCAAGCAUAACAGACUGCAUUGGCACUGUGGAUGGUCGAGCAGACAAUAUAGAGCAGAAGGUCAAUAAGUUGGAGACAGAACUGAGGAAAUACAAAGACCAAAUGGCUAAAAUGAGGGAAGGACCGGCAAAAAAUUCUGUCAAACAAAAAGCUAUGAGGGUUUUAAAGCAGAAGAAAAUGUACGAACAACAGCUGGAAAAUCUCCGAGCUCAGUCAUUCAACAUGGAGCAAGCAAACUACGCCACACAAACACUGAAGGACACACACGCAACCGUCCAGGCCAUGAAGGAUGGCGUCACUCAGAUGAAAAAGGAGUUUAAGAAGAUCAAUAUAGAUAACAUUGAGGAUGUGAACGACGAUUUAGCAGACAUGUUGGAGCAAGCCGACGAGGUGCAGGAGGCGCUGGGCCGCCAGUACGGCAUGCCCGAGAUCGAUGACGACGAAUUAGCUGCUGAACUUGACGCCCUAGGCGACGAGAUAGCCCUGGACGACGACACGUCGUACCUCGACGACGUGGUGAAGGCGCCGGCCGCGCCCGACAAGGAGCCCGGCGCGGACAGCGUGCGCAACAAGGACGGAGUCCCCGUCGACGAGUUCGGCCUCCCGCAGGUGCCCAGCGCGGCGCAGACCUCGCGCUAGGACAAGUGAGCUGUAUACCUUGCUCUUGUAUUUCAGGAAACGAGUGAAGGGUGCGUACAGAUCUGACGAAUGCGACGCAAGCGCAAUAUUCGCUCGCGCUGUACGUACGUACAGAUGUAGUGCGGUGGGUGAAUCAAUUUUUUCUUGUCACUAGUUGCCAUGGUUACGGUCUCCUGGGUCACUCUUAAAAUACUAGUUAAUUUGUAUUUAAAUGAAUCAAACUUGAAUUUUUUGGUAGUUAUAAGGCCUUUCCAUAAUGGGACAUCUACUAAGCACGUUUGUAGAACAUGGUACAGCAGCCUCGGAAACGUUCGUAUUUGUCAUGCUACUUCAGUCAACCUCAGUACUUUUUGUAGUUAAGACUGACUGAAAUAGCAAGACACGUUCGUACGUUUCCGUGAAAAUACGAAGGAAAACAAUUAUGUACUACAUUUACUUACGUAUAUACCCUGACAAGAUUUUAUUUAGGCUUCGCCAUGUUGCGGAUUUUCAGUGGUACUAAUUUACGAGAAUCUUUGACAGGUGUUGCAAGUCAUCGAAUGUCUCCAAUGUAAACAAUAAACGAUUUCAGAAUUUGAUGCGUAUUGUCAUAUUUAAGCUACUUGUAGCGAAAAUAUCUCAGGCCUAAAUAUAAUAUUGUCAGGCUUUCAGGCUUUACAGGAAGCAGCUCACCACAAACUGCCUAGGAACAGUUAGUCGCAAAUAACGCGCGAGCGGCGCAUUCGUCAGAUCUGGACGGACUUUAACCAAGAUAGACUUUAAUAUGAUAAUAAUAAGAGUUGAAGUCAACUAACACCUCAUUGAAAUGCAAGACCCGCCUGUUUCAUUUGCAAUUAGCCUUCACUGAUAAUCGUUUUCGUUGUCAUUAUUAAAAGAAAGAAGAUAAUAUAAACAUAACCUAUGAAUGCAAUCUGUUAGUCUUGCUACUAGGACACAACUUACAAUCAUUUCAGUGAGACCUAAUAAGUUUUUAUACUUAGUCCAUAAUAAUUCAAAGAAAAUUAUUAUAACUAUUAAGUUACUCGUUCAAAUGAUGGCUUUCUUGUAUAUGUUUAAGUACGUCUUAUACACGUUUAUUCAGAAAUAACUUUUAUAAAACAGGGAAUAGCUAUUUUGGCACAUGCUUGCAUAUUACUUGGCUGAAUGGAUUCAGUUAUAAGACUGUUUUAGUCUUAUACUUACAGCACCAUAGAACCAACCAGGUUUUGCACCUCACAAAUGAAAUAUGUAUGUAGUAUCACAUAAGAAUCCAUCGAACUUAAUAAGUUGUGCUAAUUUAAUUUCACUCAUUAGAAAUUUAUUUUCUGUUAACUUCAAUAUCAAGUGUAGUUAAUCUUUAUAUACGUAAUAGCUUCAUUUAUUGGGAGCAGAUUUUUAUCCUACUUAUUUUGCUUAUGUAUCAUUGUCGAUUCAUUUAAUUAACCAUUCAUGAACCUUAUUCCAACGAUUUAAGGUCCACAGAUAGUUAAUUAUGCUGCUCUUAGUACUUUACUGCAUUCGUAAUCAAGUGCUCGGUAAUAUCGCUCUGGUAAUCGCCUUUUACAAACAUGUUGCGAUCUUACGUCAAAAAUAUUUAACUUGAUUAAAUUGUAUGUAAUAUGUUGAAAAAAUAAAGUUUAAUUUUGUUGCUGUAUGUCUGAUUUUUAUAAAAUAUUGUGUAAUCUAAUGUAUUUUAAAUAAAUGUAAGUUGUUUAAUAUAAAA